AACAAAAAUCAAUCAAGAAGUAAGAGCUAUUGAGCGAAGAAAUGAAAAUUGAAAAAUUUCUUUUACAUUUUCACUUCGUUUGCUUUGUUUGUUUGUUUAUUUCUUUAAUACCAUCAACAGUAAGCAAUGAAUGGUCGGUUGCUAUGGACGGUUACCAAGGCUUGUUUAAGAAAUGUUACAUCUUGUCCUCAUGUAACAGACACACAUCAAAAUCGUGAAGCUCAAAAAAUGUGCUUUUAUAAGAAUGCCCGAAUGGGAUUGCAGGUUAAAAACAAUAGUUUUACCAUUUCUUAUAGAAACCUUCAUUGCGAUGCAAGUCUUACAAAUUACAACAUGCAUAGCUACCAUAUGUGGUCUUAUAUACUGCUUCAUUUCAAUUCUGUUGAAAAAAUUUGUUCAUGCCAAGCUCUAUGUUUUAUCAUUGUUUUACGUGACAGUUUGUUUCUUUAUCAUCAUUGUGUUAGCAUUGUACACGAAGUUGGUACAUCAGUCGAUAAAAAGCGACAAAGUGAACUAUGGUUGGCCAGUAUACGCUGAAGUAUUCUCCAUACUUGUCUGCGUUGUAGGUGCUUUAGCAUCCAUUUUAUUUUACAGUCGAGAAAAAAAUAAAAGUGUACUACGAAUUCAAGCAAAAGAUUUACGAAGAUAGAAUUUAUUAUAGAAUUAUAUGUUAUACCAUAUAUAUGUGUGCAGCUAUAUAAAAUAAUUUUUUUUAAAUAUUUUUUUUUAAUUUUUAUGUUACAAGGUAACUGUUCUGCCCAAUCUUGGAACGCGCCCUGCCUUAAGACUGGUUAGGCCAAUCUUCCGACAGUGACAAAUGGCCGGCCAGUCUUAAGACUGGGCAAUUUUAUGCCCAAAGAUUGGGCAGCGUCACAAGAUUGGGGAGAGCAUAACAAUUUCAACAGUAUAUAUUGCAGGUUUUACGAGGUUGUAAAAUAAUCAUUUGAUAAAGUUGGUUGAUAUACCAACAAAAAUUAUGUCGUUUUCUCAUUUGAUGGCUAUUCCCAUUUUGAAAUGUUUUCAUAGA